AUGGGCACCCUGCCUAAGUGUAAUGUAUGCCAGUUUCAUCAUGCCAGCCAGUGUAGGUAUAGGAAAUGUGAAUCUUGUGGAAAGAAUGGUCAUUCGAAGGAAACGUGCUGGGCUGGUACUGGUCGUGGGAAUGGUGGUCAAAGAGGCAAUGGUAAUGGCAAUGGAAACUGUGGUGGAAACGGUUAUGGGAACAGAAACCAAGGUGGAAACAAUAAUCAGGGAGGUAAUGAAAAUCGUGGUGGUUCUGGAAAUCAAGCUGGUAACGGAAACCGUGAAGCAAACAACAAUCAGGGCGGUACUGGAAACAGACAAGGUUGCUUUAGCUGUCGUGAUGUUGGGCAUUUUAAGCGAGAUUGCCCAAAGAACAAUCAAGCCCUAGGAAGAGUCUACAACAUUGGAGCUAGGGAAGCUCGCUAG